AAAGUAUGAAUCUGGUAUUUUAUUAAGGUAGCAUUGCAAUAAUUAUAAAUAUCAUUUUGCCCCCAAAAAAGGAGUGGCUAUCGAACAAAACGAGUCCAUCGAAUCGAAGCCUCCAACGCUUUGGUUUCUUCAUCACCACCACCCUUUCUUUAUUUCACCAUUUUCUCUCUCUCUCUAAAAGCCACAAACAACCAACUAACCGAAAAAGGCAAAAAGGGCUUUUCCGACUGAGAUCUAGGGUUUCCAUCAAUUGCAAUACUGGAUAGAUAUUGAUCCAAUCAACAUCAAGGUUAGGAGGUGGUGGUGGAGGAGGAAUUGAACAACAUGGAUUCCAAUUCCCAUGGUAAUCUCGAUGAGCAGAUUUCUCAGCUCAUGCAGUGCAAACCCUUGUCUGAGCAAGAGGUAAGGGUCUUGUGUGAUAAGGCGAAAGAAAUUUUGAUGGAAGAAAGCAAUGUCCAGCCUGUAAAAAGUCCUGUUACAAUUUGUGGUGAUAUUCAUGGGCAAUUCCAUGAUCUUGCCGAGCUUUUCCGCAUUGGAGGCAAGUGUCCAGAUACAAACUACUUGUUUAUGGGAGAUUAUGUUGACCGUGGCUAUUAUUCUGUCGAAACCGUAACGCUUUUGGUCGCCCUUAAAGUGCGUUACCGGCAGCGUAUUACUAUUUUGAGGGGGAAUCAUGAAAGUCGCCAGAUUACUCAAGUUUAUGGAUUUUAUGAUGAGUGCCUACGGAAGUAUGGUAGUGCUAAUGUUUGGAAGAUGUUUACUGAUUUGUUUGACUACUUCCCAUUGACAGCAUUGGUUGAAUCUGAAAUAUUUUGUCUUCAUGGUGGGUUAUCCCCAUCUAUUGAAACCCUUGACAACAUUCGUAAUUUUGAUCGUGUGCAAGAAGUUCCUCAUGAGGGACCCAUGUGUGAUCUUCUAUGGUCUGAUCCGGAUGAUCGCUGUGGUUGGGGAAUCUCUCCUAGAGGUGCCGGGUACACAUUUGGCCAGGACAUAUCUGAGCAGUUUAACCACACAAAUAAUUUGAAGCUGAUUGCUAGAGCUCACCAGCUGGUUAUGGAAGGAUAUAACUGGGGUCACGAUCAAAAGGUGGUUACCAUAUUCAGUGCACCUAAUUAUUGCUAUCGCUGUGGGAACAUGGCAUCCAUCCUUGAAGUUGAUGAUUGCAAAGGACACACAUUCAUUCAGUUUGAGCCAGCUCCAAGGAGGGGAGAGCCAGAUGUAACCAGGAGAACCCCUGACUACUUCCUAUGAUAUAUACAACUUUGGUUGAGUUGCUGUUGCCAGCAGCAACUUGUACCAUGCAGUAAUGUGCAAGCUCAUCUACCUGUUGAAAUCAGAGCUGUGAAUCAAAUUGAUCCUUAUUUUCAAAGUUAGCUUCAGUGGACGUAUUAAUUAUUGAAUUAUAAUUGAAUCUUUCCAAGAGGAAGCUGAGGAGCAGGCGAUGCUAUUGUGGGCAUGUGUACUAUUCCAGCAUGCAAUGUAUCAAUUUGAAUGUUUCUCCAAAUUUUCCUUUUCUAUUUAUUUGUAACUCUGUUGACCUUUCUUUUCUCAUUUUAGGAUUAUCGUUAAUGGGGAUGGGUUUAUGUAGAUGGAUAAUGCUUUGACAUAAUCUUCUAAUGGGUGUUUUAUGAUUUUUUUUUAAA